GUUUUAUAAAAAGAGAAAAAAAAUCUCAGACGUAAGCUCCGAACUCCAAAGAGGAAAUUCCAUCAGUAUUCCCUUUAGACAACAAAAAUGUUAGCUCCAUUAUUACUCUCCUUCUCCCUCUUCCUUCUUCCAUUACUUUUCUUCGCCUUCAUCUUCACCAGAACUCCAAACCCUCAUUUUACCCCUCCCAUUAAGCUCCCCAAAUCAUACCCUAUUGUUGGUUCUUUCUUCGCCCUCUUUGCCAACCGCCACCGCCGUCUGCAGUGGCUCUCCGAUGUCCUCCAAAUCUCCCCUGCCGCCACCUUCACCCUCCACCGCCUAUUCGGCCAGCGACAGUUUUUCACGGCUAAUCCCGCCGUCGUACAACACAUUUUGAAGACCAAAUUUCAUAUUUACCAAAAGGGAGAUUCCUUUCGGUCUAUUUUCACAGAUUUUCUUGGCGACGGAAUCUUUAACGCCGACGGUGAGAGCUGGAAAUUUCAAAGACAAGUUUCUAGCCAUGAGUUUACCACCAAAUCUCUACGAAAAUUUGUUGAGACAGUGGUGGAUGCAGAGCUCUCAGACCGCCUUGUUCCGAUUCUGCAUACGGCGGCGAGCAGCUGCUGUGUUUUGGAUUUACAGGAUGUUCUUCAACGGUUUGCUUUCGACAACGUUUGCAAGAUUGCUUUCGGGUAUGAUCCAGCUUACUUAUCACCAUCAUUUGUUCAAUCAAAAUUCGCAAAAGCAUUUGAAGAAGCAGUUAGAAUCAGCAGCCUCAGAAUCCAAUCUUUGAUUCCAAAUGUAUGGAAACUGAAGAAAUUUUUGAACAUUGGAUCAGAAAAACAGCUCCGAAUCGCCGUAGCCGAAGUUCGAGGAUACGCCAACAAAAUCAUCAAUGACAAAAAAGCAGAGCUCAAAGCCAAUUCUUCAAUCGACGCCGUCGACCUCCUCUCCCGUUUUCUCACCUCCGGCCACUCCAACCACAAUUUCAACAUCGACAUAAUCAUUAGCUUCAUUUUAGCCGGACAGGACACAACUUCGGCUGCGCUAACUUGGCUUUUCUGGCUCUUAGCCAAACACCCACAAGUUGAAACUCGAAUUUUUGAAGAAAUUAGCCAAAAAUCAGAGCAUUUAUUUGGUUACGAUGAAGUUAAGGAUUUGGUUUACACUCACGCUGCUCUGUGCGAAAGUAUGAGGCUGUAUCCGCCGGUGCCGGUGGACGGGAAGCAGGCCGCGGCGGAUGACGUGUUACCGGAUGGAACGGUGGUGAGGAAAGGGGAGAGGGUGGCGUAUCAUCCUUAUGCGAUGGGGAGGAUGGAGGGGAUUUGGGGGAAGGAUUGGGCGGAGUUUCGCCCUGAGCGGUGGUUGGAGAGUGGAGGCGAUGAGGCAGGGGCGGUGAAGUGGAGGUUUGUGGGGAGAGAUAAUUAUACGUAUCCGGUGUUUCAAGCGGGGCCAAGGAUUUGUUUAGGGAAGGAAAUGGCGUUUAUGCAAAUGAAGAGGAUAGUGGCCGGAAUUGUUAAAAGAUUUAGGGUGGUUCCGGCUGCGGAAGAGGGGGUGGAGCCGAGGUUUGUUCAGUACAUGACGGCCAAGAUGGAGGGCGGGUUUCCGGUGAGGAUUAAGGUACGAGAGGGAUCGGAAUAGAGUAACAAUGGUCCCGUCACCUAUUGAGUAAUUAUUAAGUGAGUUUCAUCUUGAAAUCCAGUAGUAGCUAGUUUAUUAGUGAUGGACAAAAUCACUUCCACUAAAUCACUAGUAGCUACUUUAUUUGCUAUGUUUUCGGUAUUAUUUUUAUUCCAAGAAUACCUUCUAAUACAAUUACUCUAAAAUUUACGCAGCAACAAA